GCUAUUUGAAUGUGAGUUUAGGUUGGGUAAGCUCUGUUUCCUACCAUCCCAUGAAUGUCUUUCACUUUGAUAAGGGCACUCCUUCAAAACUUGUUUCGUUCACAUGCAAUCAAAAAGAAAAGUCUGCAUCAGUCCUUAUGCCCUUUGUGCGUCUGUGAGAUAUGGGGAAAACAUAUCAAGUGAUUGUGGUUGGAAUACAAGGCAAGAAGAGAGUUAUAGAUGUCGCAGAUUCAGAGGAAGAUUUCAAUAACACGACAGUGGAGAAAUUCAAAGAAAAGCUUGCUGAAAAACUGCCACACGAGGCAUCAGACCUGUCUGAAUUACGAUUACUCUACAUCAAUAAACAACUAAAUGACGACGACAAGUUUUCUGACCAUAAGAUCGAGAAUAAUGCAACCAUCUGCGUCAUAUUGCGGUUGUCGGGUGGAAGAUAAACCAGAAGUUAUCAGGCUUGAAGGAGAGGCCCUACAGAAGACAAGUGUGCUGUAUUCAAUCUUCAUGAACUAUAUUUAUGCUUUCCCUCUGAGAUUGGUGAUCCCAUUAUUACAGCCCAAGCUGUUUCUUCUUAUAAGUUUAUUUUAUGUUAACAGAGAUUUCUAAAUGUAUCAACAGUCACAACCCUCUCUCUCUCUCUCUGUACUGUCUAGUUUUUACCAGAUUUUUCAUAAUUGAUUUUGUGCAGUUUUCACCCUUUUGUAAAGAUUUGAUUAAAUAAAUGUUUUGAAACAAAUAUCAAAUCUAAAUGUUUCUAUCACAGUAUCUGUGACACCCACUUCAUGUCACUGUUAUAAUGAGCUGAAUCUGUUGUGCUAAAUAAAUAUCUAUAAUGUGCAUUAA